GAAUGAAGUACAGGCUAAUUCAGAAAUUGUCAAAGUCAUAUGUUUCUGUAGUUCAAUACUGUAUAUAGUUCAGUUUGGUUUUAAAUUAAGCGUGAUUUAUAAUUAUUUUCAAACAUUUAAGACAAUGAAUAUUCUAAGUGAUGUAUAUAGAAAAAGUUUGGUUGAAAACGACCGAAAUAUUUGUUUUUGGGAACAAUAUUUACAAAACCUCGAAGCUCUUGACUUUAGUGUAUAUUCGGAAAAAUUAAAAGUGCCAAUACUAGUUCCUAUAGGAAACAAGAUUCUAUUUAGAGGAGCUCUUCAGCAUACUAAUGAAGUGACCGUUGCACUCGGAGCAGACUACUUCGCUAAAUGUUCUGUAAAACAGGCUGAAGUGUUGAGGCAACGUAGAAUUGCAGAUGCAAAAUCUAAACUAGAACAAUACAAUAAAGAAAAAAAUUAUCUUGAAAGUCAGAUUUCAUUUGGUAAAGAGAAUCUUUAUGGUAAUCCUGGCCAAGAUAUAAUUGAAACCUGUACUGAAGAAGAGGAUCAAGCUUGGAGAAAACAACACAGAGAGAGAGUAAAGAAAUACAAUCAGAGUAAAGAUAAAAAACAGGAAGUUGCCAGCCAGGAUGAAAUCACUGACGAUGAACUGUGGCUAAGAUUAGAAGAACUAGAGUUACAAGAAGAAUUAGAAAAUGAUUAUGAGAAUACAAGAGAUUAUGAGAAAACAGAGGAAAACGAACCAGAAAGUGAUGACAACAGUUUUGACUCCUUCAUUAUUAAGGUAGAUGAUGUCAGUAAUACUCAAACAGACUUAGAAAAAACGGAAGCUCACAUCAUAAAAACCAUUCCAGAACAAGCACCCAAGAUAGGCCUGAUCCAGCAAGUUAUAGACAGACAAAAAAUGUUGGAAAGCAAAUUAAAUGAGAUGAAAAACAGAGAAAGAACACAAACUAAAACUGAGGAGGAUUUACUAUCUAGGUUAGAUGAAAUAGAGCAGCUUGAUGAAGUCGAAGACGAAAUGAAUAGGUUGGAAGAUAUGAUAGAAGGUAGUAGUGAAGAUGAAACAGAAGUAAAAGAAAUUGAAGCAUCUCCUAAAAUUAAAAAAAGCAUUACAUUUGCUGAUGAAGACAGUGAGACGUUAGAAAUAAUAUUUAAACAUUCAGAUGUUCAACCAUCUAAAGAACCUUACAAAUCAGAUAAAGGAAUCACAAAACCUAGUGAUAUCUAUGAGGCUUAUUCAAAUUUGUUUAUUACAGAAACAACAUCAAUUCUUAGAAAAUCUAAGUAUGAAAUUGACCUUAAUGUUGAAAACAAUAAUUAUAUUUUCGAAGACCCACAACCUGUAAGUCCUGUAAUAGAAAAACCAGAAAACCAAACCAUUCAUGUAAAAGAUGUUAAAGAAAUCACAGAUCAGAAUCAAAUAAAAGUAGAUAGUGACAACAGACCUACAAGUCUAUUCAAAAAGAGAAGACAGCAACAAAAAACGUAAUCUUAAUUUUGAAUUUUCAUACAUUUCAAUAAAAGACAAUUAUAACCCCAA